AUGUUUAUCACAACAACGGAGUGGGCGUCGGAGUGGGGGGGAGCCAAGGCCAAAGACUCGCGCACGCCCUUCCGCCGCCUCCCCUUCUACUGCUGUGCGGUCUCCUUUACCCCGUUCGAGGAUCCAGUCUGCUCCCCAGAGGGUCACGUCUACGAUAUCGUUAACAUCGUGCCGUACAUUCAGAAGUUCAAGCAUAACCCGGUUACCGGCAAGCCCCUUGCUCUCAAGGACCUGAUCAAGCUUCACUUCCACAAGAACGCUGACGGCGAGUAUCACUGCCCGGUUUUGAAGAAGGUGUUUACCGAGUUUACCCACAUCGUGGCUGUCAAGACAACCGGCAACGUGUUCUGCUACGAGGCAAUCAAGGAGCUGAACGUGAAGCCCAAGAACUGGAAGGAGCUACUGACGGAUGAGCCCUUCACACGUGCUGACAUCAUCACCAUUCAGGACCCAAACAACCUGGACGCCAAUGUGCUCACUGAGUUUGACCACGUGAAGCAGAACCUCGCAGCUCCCAAGGAAGGCGAAGGCAGUGCAGCAGCGUCAGGGGUGAACGCAGCUGUAUCAGAGAGCAUUCAGCGUGUUCUGGCAGCCCUUCCCAAGAACGACGGAGAGGAGGCCGGAGUCGGUUCAUCCAAGGUAGGCUCAUCUGGUGCUGGGGUAGGCUCACAUCUGGGGUAG